UGUCGUAAAGUACUUCCGGUGUGUGUCGCGCUAGCAGCGGCCGUUACGCAGCGCCUCUGAGUUUUAUCGAGUGAUUUAAUCUCACAAAUCGUUUAAUAUGGCCACGUUUUUCGGGGAGGUUUUAUCGGUGUACUCCAGAGCUGUCGAAGAGGAUGAGUAUGAUGAUAUGACGAAUGAAAACGAGGAAGAUGAGCAGAUCCGCCGCGAAAUAGAGGAGAAGAGGUGUGUUCAGGUCCGCUGGCUCUCUGAGACGGAGGGCCCCGUGCCGUGCUCCGAUCUGAUCGUCUCCGUGGGUCCGAGCGCCGCCGGAUUCGUCUCGGCGUACGUCCUGAGCUCCGGGGACUGGACCCCGCUGGCCUGGGUCUCUCUCUGGAACGAGCGGAGCCCGGGAGCGGGACGACCGGACGCGGCCCCGGGCCCCGGAGAGCCGUCCUGUGUCCUGUACCAGCAGAAACACAACCCAGCGGUGCUGGUGUGUCGGUGCUCGUGCUUCGUGGCUGAAGACCAGCAGCUGGAGUGGACCGAGAAGGUGCUGGGCUGCGUCCAGACGAGGGAUCUGAAGGUGACCGUUCUGUCCGACUGCAGCGCGGCCGAGUACAAGACGUCAGACUACCUGAGCGAGAGCGCCGGGCCCUUCCUGCGCUCCCUGAGGACCGCCGCGCACACGGGCCCCGUGGCCAGUCCGGCCCUCGAGCCGCCCAACAUCAGCAGCGGCCUGGCGGCGGCAGUGCUCAGUCACUGUCAGGUUCAGCAGAUAUCAGCUGUUCUCUAUCAGUGCUACAGUGAUGUUCCUCAUCCAGACUCCCUCAGCAUGCAGACGUACAGAGCAGCUGUGAGCUCUGUGCUGAAGGUGAGUAACCUGACCGUCUCUGAUCUUCUCUGAAGGUCUCUCUGAGGUUUCUGAGGUGUUUCUGAUCUUCUCUUGAUUGCAGCUGGAUCUGAGUCCCAGCGCAGACGAGCUGCAGAAGAUCACACGAGUCGGCGAGCUUCAGAGCAACCUCUACACAUGAAGAAAGCUCUGUGCUUGAGUUUGUACAUUAAAGAUGUGAUGUUGAUUUA